AUGGCCGUCCCAACAGCUGCGAACGCGGCACCAGCCAAGGUGAAAGAUCACUCCACCAACUACAAAAUCUCCCCCGAGAGCCCCAAGCCACCCUCGCCUAGCCUUCCCAACUCUCGCACGUCUUUCUCAUCCAUCAGGGAGGACGACACCGACUUGGCCCAAACCUUCACCUCCUCCAAAGUCUCUUGCUAUACCCUACAACAGGAGCAAGCAGUAAUCGACGACGACUCGCCUGGUACUAUGGUUUCACAGGCACAAUUCUUCGCACCACUCACUCAGCCAGGCAGCAGACUGCACGGCAACUGGUUUCCUGCCGACGACUUUAAGGGAUGGAAGCAGAUCAAUGUCCGCGGAAGGCUGGCGAGCCGGAGCUUUGGUGACCUCGCAUCGCUGGCCCUGGCCUGGGAGCCCAGACCCGCUCCCACGAAGCGCCGGCCAUCCAAGGUCACCGGCGAGUCUGCCCUUGAGAGGCUGCCUUUGGAGCUCCUCAGCUCCAUCAUUAACCUGCUCCUCCUGGAUAUACCGCCGAAUGGCAUUACGAAGCGAAACAUGGACCUGAUGUCCCUGCUGCUCGCGUCCAAGAAGCUCCACGGCGCGACAUUGCUCACCCUCUAUCGCCAAAUUACCAUCCCACACUCGAGGAUCUUUCAGAAAUUCCUCUCCCACGUCGCUUCACACCCGUCCUUGGGUACUUUGGUGCGACGUUUCGACUUCUGCCACUUCAAUCCUACUACCUUGUUCAUGACCGCCAGUGAGCGGUCUCAGGCCCGCAAUCUGACCUCUGACACAUUGCUCCAAGCAUUGGAGCUCACACCACACCUGCAGGAGUUCCUCGCACAGGAGCAUAUCGACGACGAGUUGGACGCCAGGGUGCUGGGGAAGCUGUUUUUUAAUCUGGAAAGGGUUCAGGCUCUGGACUUCUGUGGUUGCUCGUGCGCGUCUUUCCGCGACGCCUUUACCGCCACCAUCUGCUCAGCCGAAUGGAAGGAACCUCUCGGACUGAAGAGGCUGUCUCUGCACAAGUGUACGACGCUUCCCGUGGCGGUCUUUGAAGCGCUUCUGCCGAACCUCCCCCAUCUCACUCACCUCGACAUCGCUGGGACGCAGGUCACGGACGCGGCGCUGGCCUCCCUGCCCAGCUCUGCGCGUAUCACCCACCUCAAUAUCGCCAAGUGUAACAAGCUCUCGGCAGACGCGAUCAUGGAAUUCAUUUCCACUCACCCAGCUGUCACCCAAUCGCUCGUCUGGCUAUCCCUCGGGACAGACGCCCGGGUCCACGAGACCUUCGACGCUGACGCCAUCACAAGGCUCUUGCCACUCCUGCCCGCGACGCUGAAGUCGCUCUCCCUCAAGGGCAGCAGCAUGAACCAGUCACACAUCCCCCUGCUGCGCCCGCUGACCAAGCACCUGGAGGAGCUGGCCCUGGGCCGCGGCCUGGGCGUGAGCGACACAAACGGGCUCUUCGUGCCAGACGUGGACGGCAUCGAGGUGGACGCCGACGGCGACCGCGUGAUGACGACGCUGGACGCGUGGGAGCCGCACACGCUGCGCUACCUGGACCUCUCGGACAUGUGGAGCGGGGACCUGGACCUGCCGACGCUGUACAACACCUCGUCGUGCGCGCUGCUGACGGGCCAGACGGGCCCGCUCGAGGUCAUCGAGGUGCCCGAGGACGUCGCGCGCCGGCUGGCCAAGGGCCACGCGCCCCUCACCAGGCUGGGCUGGCGCGUCAGCGAGCUGGGCAGCCGGACGUGGGUCGUGCGCGACCACCACCAGCAGCAGGGCCAGGGCCAGGGCCAGGGCCACGCCCAACACCACGACAACGGCAGCAGGGGCUGGAAGAUGGGCGCCGAGAACUGGGGGAUGCGCAAGGUGCCCAUGGCCAGGGCCGAGGUCGGCGGCAUGUACGGCAGCUACAUGUUCGCGAGGAAGCUGUAA